AUAGGCACAUACAAUGGUUGUUUAUGUUUAUCAAGAAGUUUUUAUUCUUAAAACUCGAACUCGAGAAGUUUGAUUAAGAAUAACAAGAUUUUAACCAUUCCACUAUACUCUCAUGCUGGUACAGUGCAUCAAUACAUACACAACACAAACAUGUAAUAUUGGUAACUACUCGGGGCUCAGGACGGAUCUUGAGUGCCGCCUAUGAAUUCACGUAAAUUUAAUAGCUUUUGUCCAAAUCAUAUAUAUAAAAAAUUUUAUUUAAAUAUCUUUAAAUAUUUAACUGUGAACUCAAUGGUUGUUCUAUACUGCAUUAACUUCAAAUCCUUAUAUAAACUUAUAAACUUCAAAUCCUAAACUUUUGUCUUUGGCUCUAUUGUCUUGUUUAUCAGUUUUAAUUAAAUAAGUUUAAGGCAGGUUUCCCCAUGCUCCUAGGGAGUGCUAUCUCUCCUACUUCAAUGCUAUAAUUUUUUAUCAUCAUUUCCAUUCCUUCAUUUAUACACCAUUUUGACCAUGUGCCUUCUUCUUCUCCUGUUUCUCUCAAUCAUUCCUUUUCAUAACUAUCUCAAUCCUUCCUUCUUCUUUUUUACCAGUUCUUCAAGUUAAGCUCUUAGUAGUGGCUUCCAAGAAGAGAAGCUAAGUGGUUAUAUAGUGGUGAAAAUUGUGAUGGAAGCAAUUCAAGAAGAUAUGAGUGAAGGGAUUUUGCAAUGUACAAAUCAUACUUACAAGAGUACCACCCCAGGUGGGAUUUGUGAUUUUUGCCUCCAAGAAAAACUUGGAAAGCUUGUUUCUUCCUCUAUAUCUUCUGCUUGUUUUCCUCCUCCUCAUUAUUCAACUUCAAGUAACUGUAACUAUCAUCGUUUUGACAAAAUGAGGAAACCAAGUAAUCUAAGAUCAGUUGAAACAUCUUAUCAAGGUGUGCAUAUGUUGGAAGCUGAUGAAGUUGGAGAUAAUAGCCAUAAGAAAAAAGGGUUCUGGUCAUUUCUUCACUCCUCAUCCUCUAGGCAUUCUUCCACAGCUAAAAAAACUGAAAAAACUUCAGUUGGAUCAUCUCUGAAUGGUUCAAUAAGGUCAAGAAAGAACAAAAAGGAAAAGUUUGUUGUGAUAGAGGAGACUGAAAGACCUGUUCAUGUGUACUCAAGAUCCAGAUCUGUUGGCUGUGAAAGUAAAAUCUCAACUGGUUUAGAUGAUUGUACUUUGCGCAGAGUUGAGUCUCAGAGAGAAAACAAACAUAUUGUUUCAUCUUCUUCAUCAUCUUCAUCUUACUGUGUUUCUUCUGAAGAGAAGAAUGGAAAAUUUACAAGGAAGGGCAAGAGUUGGGGAUGGGUUUUAGCAAGUCCAAUGAGAGCUUUUAGCAAGAAAAGGGAUGCCUUGAAAAAGAAUGCUACUCCAAAUUUAGAUGCAAUUCCUUCUUUGUUGACUAAGAGAAACUAGGAAGUUUUUCUAGUGUACAAAAAGUAUAGUCAGCUACUGACACAACUAUACAAGUUUACAUUGUUCUUGUUUGAGCUUUAUGUUUGUUUUCCAGGUUUUAUCCAUGUUUGUUCAAUUCGGAAGCAGCCACUAAUGCUUGGAUUAGGUAGGCUGUCUACGUCACAUCCUUUGGGAUGCAGCCUUUCCUAGGACCCUGCUAACGCGGGAUGCUUUGUGCAUCAAGCUGUCCCCCAUCCAUGUUUGU